AUGUCAUUUUCAGUUCGGCAAUCAGGUGCUAUGCAGGAGAUUCCCUUGGCCGCAACCGCGGACGUGAGUGCUGCACAUAGGUUGGUCUUGCAUCGGAAGAGCGAUUGGGCCUUGAUGUCAUGCAGAGCAGAGCAAGGGUCCGACACGAUUUGGAUCAAUAAAGUAGGAACGUUCGGGCUCAGCCCAGCCUCGUUUUGGUGGAGCAGGUUGUAUGGAAUCAUAGGCAGAGUGGUCACCCGUUGCCUACUGCAGCACGCCUUUUACCACUUCGCUUAUGUGGACGACGUGCAUCCCACAUUUUAUGGGAAGCGGAUGUUCAUCAACUUCUUGGUUUGGUUAAUCCUUCAAGACUUGAUAGGGGUGCCUUUUGCUUACCAUAAGUUCAAGGGAAAGACGCUGGCACGGAAAGCGCGUUUUGUCGUUUCAGUUAGAAAGUUUGCGGAGUUUCUUGGGAGGCUUGGUUUCGUGUCCAGGGUCGUGUACUGGAUCAAACCACACUUGGCCCCCUUGUAUGCUUGGUCAGCUGCAGCUUCGAAGAGCCACGUUGCAAAAAUGCCGGACACGGUCAUCUUGACUUUGCUUUACUUGGAGGCAACGCUUAAAGACAUCAACUUCAAAGUCGCACCGGGUCGACAACGGGAAGAGACAGGGCAUCUCUUUCACACGGACGCUAAAUGCGCCGAUGGUUAUGUUGUCUUAGGAGGUUGGGACUCUAGCCAGGACCUUUCGGUUGCACCUUGGUUCUCUAUAGUGGUUAAGCCUGCGGAUGCCCCGUACCUUUUCGACGAAGAUGGAAAAUCACAAUGGGCGUCAGCUUCAGCCGAGCUGUUAGCUACAUUGGCCGCGUUAUGGAUCUUUGGACACCUCAAAGAGAGUAGUUCGCAGAGGCGACUCCCAGUUGCCAUUGCCGGGGCCACAGACAAUCAGAGCAACGAGAAGCUUCUUAGGAAACAAUCCACGACUAAGUGGCCGCUCAUGCUGAUCAACAUGCAGCUCUCACACCUCUUAAGAAAAGCUUGUUUGAGACUCAGCUUGACUUGGAAACCUCGCGACGAAAACAAGCUGGCAGAUGCUCUGACGAAUCAGGAUUUCAGCUCUUUCAGUUCCGAACACCGCUUGGAUGUCAGUUUCAGUGAGCUACCACUCGAGCUCUUGAAUCAGUUGUGGUCGUCGAAGUCCGACUUCGAUGCGUCUCGCAAGGCGCUGCAGUCUGCAAGCAGUUUUCAGCCUCGUGUCCCGAAGAGGAAGCGCGAAGGCACGCCCUGGUGA